UUUCUUUUCCGCGAACUCUGCUCUUCGCUGUGGUGAGCUUUCAGCGUCUUUGCAGUGUCUUCUUCGCUAGCUCCCAGGGACGGUCUUCAAACGCUGUUCCGCGAAAGUCGACUGACGCGUCGUUUUCCCCGAACCGUUUCUCUCUUUUCUUUCUCCUCUUUCUCUUCUCUCUCCUCUCUUUCCUCUCUCUCCUCAAUUCUCUGUUUUCUCGUUCUCGCGAAAAAUCGCGACUUCUCCCCGGUCGAGACUGAGACGGAAGUCCUGUCUUCUCCAAGUUCGAGAGAAGUCGAGGCGGCACCCGGGUCUCUGCCUCGAGAGACAGCGCACAGAGCGAGGGAGAGAAAGCGAGUGCGAAAGAGAGACUUUUCCUAGGAAAACGGAAAACAUCUCUUUUCUUCAAAGUCUCCACCUCAACGCAACUCAAAAUGGCGAACAAUCUGGAGAGCAUCUUCAAAGUCUUCGACAGCGACGGAGACGGAAAGUUGACCUGCAUCGAAAUGCACCAGGCCUUGGGCGCUUCCGGCUGCUCUCCGUCGGUCGAGGAAGUGCAGGAGGCGGUGAAGGAGAAGGGAAGCGACACGGGAGACUUGGAGCAGUUCAAGGCUUUGUACGCUGCAUACGCGAACAAGAAAGUCACUGCGUCAGAACUCGUCCCUCUCUUUUCCGUCGUCGACCCGGCGAAGAAGGGUGUGGUGGAUGUGCGGUCUCUGAACUAUUUGUUGACGAACUUCAAUGAGCGAUUAACUCAGGCAGAGGCUGAGGAAUUCAUUCAAGGCAUGCUCGGCCUCCCCAAGGAGGGCACAGUCCCCAUUCCCGACGUCGCCCAGAAAGUCGAGCAGCUGCAGAAAGUCUGACACCGUGGAGACUGGAACCAGAAGGAAGCCUCGCGCUGUCGCCAUCUGGCGCACAAGCAGUCUGCGCCAGCGAGAGAGAAGAACGCGGAAGAAACGCGAGGCUGAAGAAGCGUGCGGCGUCUCGCGAGCGUGGAGGCCCAAAGAGAGGCGAGAGCUGACGCAGGGUGAACGC